AUGGCAGCAAGGGGAGGAAUCAACGCGAAAGGAGAAUCUGCUCCACAACCUGUUAAAGUUCAACGAUACUGGCCUGGAAAGGUACCCGAAGGUGCUAAAGAUUAUUCAUCAGAGGAAGAUGAGGAGGAGCAACAGCAAUUUGAAAGACAGAAAGAACGUGAAUUGAUAAGUAGCAUUCAACGAGUUGACUUCUCAGAACGAGAAGUUGCUUCUGAUCGUAGGCUGCAGAGGCUAAAAGAAGCUAGGGAGGAUGCUUCUUUUCAACCUAUAGAUAGACGACGUCGACACGAAGUUAAGGCAGAAACAUCAGAAAUACAUAUUAAUGAAGAGGAUACCUCGCAAGAUGUUGAGGAAGACGAAAAUGACAUUGCGCUUCGUCGCAAGCACAUAAGAAAUCGAGCAAUAGAGCAGCGGCGGAUAGAGGAAGAAAAGCUUAAGGCAGAGGAAGAAGCCGAGAGAACAUUAUCAGAAGACAAAGAAGAGGAGGCUGAGGAGGCUGAAAGAAAAAAAAUAGAAGAGAUUGAAAAUCGUAAAAAGGAAACACAUGCAAUACUAGCUGAAAAAAUUCAAAAAGACAUGUUGAAUGAAGUGAAAGAAGAGUCAAGUGUAUUAAAGGAGGUUGAUGAUACUGAUGGAAUUGAUGAACAAGCUGAAUACGAAGCUUGGAAACUUCGGGAAUUAAAAAGAAUAAAAAGAGACAAGGAAGAACGUAGAGCGAGAGAAAAGGAACAAGAGGAAAUUGAACGUAGACGAAAUAUGAGUGAAGAACAACGCCUGAAAGAAGAUAUGGAACGAGUGAGAAAACAACAAGAAGAAAAACCAAAAGGAAAAUAUAAAUUUCUGCAAAAAUAUUAUCAUAAAGGAGCCUUUUAUUUGGAUCCCAGUGAAUCUAUUUAUAAACGUGAUUACACAGAAGCAACUCCUGACGAAACGGCACACAAGGAAUUAUUACCUAAAGUGAUGCAAGUGAAAAAUUUUGGUCGUGCUGGACAAACUAAGUGGACUCAUUUGGCCGAUCAAGAUACAUCAAAGAAAGAUUCUGCUUGGUCUCAGAAAAGCGAUAUCAACAAACGUUCUCUGCAUAAACUUGCUGGUUUACAUCACGGAGGUUUUGAUAAACCAACAGCGAAAAAACGUAAAUUUUAA